CAUAAGUCAAAAUAAGAGACCAUAGUUUUCAGAAAAAUGCAAUCCACAAAAAGAAGAUACACUCAUUCACUAAUUCAGAUAGGCAACAGAGGAAACCGAAUCCACCGCCGCCGCCAUGAACACGAAACACCUCUUCCUAAUCACCAACGGCCUCCUCCUCGCCGUGGGCAACUGCGGCGGCCCCCUCAUCAUGCGCCUCUACUUCCUCCGCGGCGGCUCCCGCAUCUGGUUCUCCAGCUGGCUCGAGACCGCCGGCUUCCCCAUCCUCCUCCUCCCCCUCCUCUCCUCCUACCUCCGCCGCCGCCGCCAAAAUCUCCUCCACAUCAAGCCCCGCCUCUUCGCCGCCGCCGCCGCGAUCGGCGUCCUCACCGGGCUGGACGACUACCUCUACGCCUACGGCGUCUCGAAGCUGCCCGUCUCCACCACCACGCUGCUGGUGGCCACGCAGCUGUCGUUCACGGCGGCCUUCGCCUUCCUGAUCGUGGGGCAGCGCUUCACGGCGUUCUCCGUGAACGCCGUGGUGCUGCUGACCGCGGGCCCCGUGGUGCUGGGGCUCCACGCCAGCGGGGACCGGCCCGAGGGGGAGUCGGACCGGGAGUACUGGGUCGGGUUCUUCAUGACGCUGGCGGCGGCGGCGCUCUACGGUCUGAUUCUGCCGCUGGUGGAGCUGGCGUACAAGUCCGCCAAGCAGGAGAUUACGUACACCUUGGUCAUGGAGAUGCAAUUUGUCAUGUGCUUCUUCGCCACCGUGUUUUGCACUGUCGGAAUGAUCGUCAACAAUGAUUUUCAGGUGAUUUCGAGGGAAGCGAGAGAAUAUGAACUUGGGGAGACGAAGUACUAUUUGGUGGUUGUUUGGAGUGCUAUAAUUUGGCAGUGUUUUUACUUGGGAGCAAUUGGUGUGAUAUUCUACUCAUCUUCCCUUCUCUCUGCUAUAAUAAUUCAUGUCUUAUUCCCUCUUACUCAGACUUUGGCUAUUGUUUUCUACCAUGAAAGUUUCCAUGCUGAAAAGGGUGUUGCUUUUUUCUUAGCAAUUUGGGGUUUUACAUCUUAUUUUUGGGGAGAGAUUAGAUACAACAACAAGAAGAAGAAUAUUCCUACCACUGUGGAUAAUCAAACUCAUCAUUUGGAAACUUAAUUUCCAUUUUUCUUGAGAUUAUUGUAUGUAGUAGUGUUGUACUAUUAGCUUUAUUUAUUUUGUUUUGUUUGCCAUUGCUGGUGGUAGACAUGAAUUAGGGACCUACUAUAAAGAAAUAUUGAUGUCUUUGCUUACUAUA